AUGAUGUGUGGAGGGUCCAUCAUCAGCGUGCACCAUGUACUUACCGCAGCGCAUUGCAUCGACCCCCUAGUAGUCAAUGGACAACUUAUAGAAUCAACACGUGGUGUGGUAGGUUCAAACCAAUGGAAUUCAACGGAAGGUCUUGUUAAAUUCACUAAUUUUAAGAACCAUCCGUCUUGGGACUAUGCUCGUACUAAGAACGACAUUGGCGUGUUAUUUCUGGUCCAACCUUUGGUGCUGAGUGCGAGGGUAGGCGUCGUGUCUCUUAGCUUUGACUGGGUAGACGGGGACGUGUCUAGUUUUGUCACCGGUUGGGGGAGACUUGGAGCUGAUUUGACGUCAAACAGUUUGAUCUUGUUCCCGUUCGCAGACAACUUGCAGUUAAUAAAUUUGAAGACGAUGUCUCCUAGCGGCUGCAGCGCGGCGCUGGCCGCGUCCCCCGGCGCGGGGAUCACACUGGACUCAGACCUGGAAAUAUGUACUUUCCAUUCUAUAGGACACGGACUUUGCUAU